AUGUGCAAUGGAGAUAUCACUCAUUGGCCUGUCAUUGCGCCACACGUAUUCUGGGCCAAUCGUGUCACUACUCGCAGGUCUACCAAUCAUUCACCCUUCUUCCUCGCACACGGACUUGAACCUCUGCUCCCAUUCGACAUCACAGAAGCAACAUUCAUGUUGCCCGCCGUGUCAAGCAUCAUUUCGACUUCAGACCUAAUAUCCCUUCACGCCAGACAGUUGGAGAAACAAGACGAAGACUUAGCCUUAGCACACAAACGUCUUCUCAAGAGUCAGUUAGCAUCUGUUAAAGACUUCCAGCACCGCUUUUCCAAAACCAUCCAGGACUAUGCUUUCAAACCUGGAGAUCUCAUAUUAGUACUCAACAAGAAGAUAGAAGCAGUGUCCAACGCUAAAUGCAAGCCUAGAUACUUCAGACCCAUGGUCGUUGUGUCACAAUCUGAAGCUGCCCGUGCCAAGGCAGCUGCUGCUCAAGCUAAUACAGAGAUUAGGAAGCUGCAGGGAGAUGUUAUUCCAAGCAUGCAGAGACAGGCUGCUGCCCAACUUUGGAGGUUGACAGAGGAGGACACUGCCCAGGUUGCCGCACUCAGAAAACAAGCUGAUUCCAGUGCAGGUGAAGUACCCCACCUUCGAGCUGAGCUGGUGCAGACUCGCAAAAAGGUCCAUGCAUUACAGAUGCAUGUCCAUCGUGCAUCCUGUGCACUUGCUCGUGUCGGUGCCUAUACUGCCCAAUUUCAUGCACUUGCAAGAAGGCUCAUUCUUGCUGGCUGUGCACAGAAAUCUGUGGGUCCUAUAAUUCAAGCCAUGUUAAAAGCCCUUCACAUAUCCCUUGGAAGUUGCUGCAUGAGUGCAUGA